AUGUCUACAACUUCUUGCUUUUCAUUGUUCUUGUUGUUAUUUAUUAUAUUAAUAAAUAUCACCUCUAUUGUAAAUCUUCAUUGUCAUGAUGAUUUACAUGGAUCUAUUCGAUUAAUUGAAAAUUGCCGCGCAUGUGUUAUUUAUAUUGAUACGAAUAUUCGUCUAGCUAUUUCUCCCCGAACAACGAGUUUAUCUCAAACGUCAUCAAUAGAAGAAUUAGCUUUCCUUAAUGAAAGAAAGCGUUAUCGUCGCCAUGAUCCUAAUAUAAUUAUCCGUCAGAGAUGUGCCCGUGAACACGACGGUGCGUUAUACGGGUAUGAUCAAACGCAUUGUUACUGCAAUUCCAAUCGAUGUAAUUCCGAUAUACAACGAUGUAUUUAUGAAAUAGCAUCGAAGCGUUAUUUUUCAUGUUAUCAUGGGUACGAUUCCAGUGGAAAUUUACCUGAAAUCUCCAAGAAAUGUCGCAGUUGUCGGAUACGAAUGGAUACUAAUCGGAAAUACCAUUACGAAUGCUUAGAAUUUGGCCAACAAGAACAAAGUAAUCAAACGCAUUGCACGUGCCAAUAUCCGAUGUGUAAUCAAAAUCUUGGCAUAUGUCAACGUUUCCAACAAAAAUCAUCACCACCGCCGCGCAUUCAUCUGAUUCGUUAUGUGAUUUCUAACGUUACGAGUACUAAAUCAGCAGUAACCACAAAGACGACAACAACAACAACAACAACGCCAAUGUCAAGUGUUACCGCGAAGUUAUCAACAUUUAUAAGUACGCAUCAAACUAAUGAAGAGAUUACAACUGAGAAUGUUACUUUAUCUCAAAUUGCUAAUCAUAUUUUAAGCAUGUCCAAAGCCACAAAAUUGGAAGAUUAUUGGCGCGAUCAGCAUCUCGAGAGUUUAUUGAAAGAAAUAACUCAACUUCUCACUCGGCGUAUGCCAUCUGAUCCACCGUUGGCGAUAGUUGAGUUUCUUCAAAAGAAAUUUCCGAAAUCUUUCAAAUCCAGCACAGAUAGUAUUGGUAUUGUUCCUAAACCACUGGCCGCCAGUUUACAAUUGAAAACACUCACGUCCGUGCAAUCGGAUACUCAUAAUGAAAGUAUGAACGAUACGCAACUUGGAAGUCAAUUAGCCAAUCAAAGUUUCAACAAUGGAUUGGUUACUAUGCCAACGAUGGGUUCGGCUUUUACAGAUUUAUUGAAAAAUGACACUGGUAGCUUAAGUCAAGAUCCACAGAUAAGUAUGAGAAAUCUCAUUCGAGCAGGCCGACUUGGUGAACAAGCGGUCAAAUGGGGUAAAAACAUCCGUUCAGAUCACGAUAUUCUUGAGGAAGAAGUUUUGCGACCAACGAAAAACAAACCUACAGCCUCGAGAGAAGAAUCAGGUGACCACUUUGCUUAUGAUCCCAUGACAGAAAAUAUCCAAGAAGUUCAAACACAUGAGCAACCAACCGUACGGCAAAUUAUCAAAUAUAAACAACAUCUUCGUACGGAAAAGGAUCGUCGAUUACAUCGAGAAGAACUAGCUAAAUUAGCACAAUCUCAACGUGAAAAGGAGGAAUUCUAUCGAUCGGAUCUUUCAGCUAAACCAGAAGACAAUCAACAACAACAGCAAAAUUUAGAUGAAGACGAUUCAGUCGUACCAGCUGCACCGACCGAGAAGAGUCAAACGAAAGCAUCGGAUAAGCCAGUGGUGAAAUCGAAAGAAGAAGAAGAGAUUUUAAAUGAUGAGAAUAUAUUUCGACCAAGAAUGCAACGAAAUCGGCAACGACAAAGGAAUAAACCAUCGACCGCACGAACGAAUGCAGCUGAUUCGCAACGGCGGUUUACGCGGGAUUUCCAACUGAUAACGAAAAGAGAAGAUGGAAAUGUAAUAUGUAAAGUAUGUGGCCAUGUUAUUAAUGAUGAUGACGGUCAACUGGCCAAUGAUUUCAAGGUCAAUUCGGCUGCAUCAUCAGCGCGCCCUUAUGAACCACAGCAAUCCAGUCAAUCUGUACAGUCAUCUUCUGCCGCUGUCGAUGAUUGGUUUGAAUCGUCAACAAGUGCAUCGGUAUCAAUUUCACAAUCAAACACUCCUCAUGCGGCUGAUGAGCAAAGCCAAUUAUUUCUUGGCUCGAUGACUUUUCGACGAAAUCUAUUUCAACCGAUUACAGAUGAUAACACGAACAUGGAUCGUCUGGCAUCACCGCGUAUCUCUGAAUCAGGUAUAUUCGCUCGAUCACCAGAGCCGAGAGCUCGUCGUCCAUCAUCAUCGCAAAGUAUUACAUCACCUGCGACAAAGAAACAUCAACCAGAUACUGUGACAAGUCCUCAGACAACAAGAACACUCGUACAACCAUCACCACCGCGCUCAAGACCACCUUCAGCUCCGACUACUAAGUAA